AUGAGUGACGAGAGAGAAAAGAAGGGCGGCUUCUGGGACCUGUUCCGCAGCAAAACUACCACGCGCAGGGGCAGCCGGCUGGAAAAAGAGCCGCCAAGGAGAGCAAGUGAGGGAGAUGCGGCAAGUCGUCGGCGACGAACAUCAGAAGGCCCGGAUCGCGUCACCAGCACUCGGCGCCGGCCGCGGCGUCCUAUCUCCGGCGAUGCCAAGGGCAAGGGCCGGGAGGGCCCAAACGGCGCGCCCUACGAUACCGGCCCGCUGACAGAAUGGCCUCCCUCCGGAUUCUCCAGCGAGGAAGAGCUCACGCUGGGCCACGCCAUGGAGCUUAUCUCGAGAGGCGUGCCUGCGCACAAGGGUCACAAGCGGCCCAUCCCUCACGCCUCGGAGAGCUACUACGCGCUCUUCGCGACGACGGCGGGCAACCGUGGCGAUGACACGGACACGGCGAACCAGCACGACUCGAUGACGCAACUCAUGACCCUGCGGAUACAGGGGCCUGGGUCGCCGACGUAUCCCUGGGAGACACUGGAACAGCCCAGCUACUCAUUCUACUUCGGCAAGCGCCCCGGUACGGUCACGCUCAACCAGUGGACAACCUUGUCAAGCAAACUACCUCCUGUCAUUGCGCUUCGCGACCCUGGCGUGAUGCCGCGAGAGGUCGACCUCGAGCAGGUUUUCCGGCGCCUGAAGGAGCUGGAGGCAGGGCUCGAGGACGACGACGACGAUCUCAUGUACAGGAACUUGUACAAGAGGCUUCUGAGGGAUCCAGACAAGAUCAUGAAUCCGCACAGGACCCUUGACAAGCAGAUCACGGAUCUGAUCAUGGUGCUGUCACGGCCAGACUGGUUUGACUUCACCAAUCCGAGGAAUCAGAUUGUGACGAAGUUCAUCUUCGACACGGGACACACGAACCACCAGCAGUAUUUGAAGUUCUUCCACCAGCUGCUUCUGAGUCUGGAGCUGGAUUUACGGAUCAACUCGAGACAUCACAAUGACUGGUCGAAGGAGAAGUUGCUACAGCAGUUGCCGCCGCGGCUCCAGUGGAAUCUUGCUUUGUCACGGAGAUGGCGCGAUAACGUGAGGGUGGAAACAUAUGGGAAGACAGCCGGUGAAGUGAAACUACGCUUCAAACUUAAGAGACGACAAAUCAAGAUGAUCAAACGCUUUGCCCAGAUGAUGAAAUGGCCGAACCUACACGAGACCCUUGACACCUUGAAGCGCCGGGACACUGAUUCUACUUUGGAUGGUAUUAGCUCACAUGCGAUGGCUUUCUUUAGCGGCUUGGUUCUCCCAGGAACUACAUUCCCCUUUCUCCUGAUGAAUUCCCUGAUCGACAUCGAUCCAGACAAGGCCACCGAUGACCUAGCUCUCCUCACCCACUUGCACCCAUUAUGUGGCUUCCAGUAUCGUAAUAGCUACACCUACUGGACGUCCAUGUCCAUUGUCGGUAAAGUGCUCGCGCCCACCUGCCACGAGAUCGCUGGUUGGGUUGGACCGGCUCGUCCCACCGUUGACCUGGGCCGGUCUCAGAUCGCCCGCAUCCGCACCCGCCAGCCGCGCCAGCGCAUGACGGCCGAGGACGUGGCGACGAUGAGCGAGCGGUCGGACCCCCUCGGCCCGCCCACCGAGGUGUUCCCCGUCAAGGAGUACACGCUGGUGGUGCCAGACACGGACGAGAUCGUCGACACCGUGCGCAUCGAGCUACUGACGCUGCGGCCCUGCGCGGAUCGCAACGCCUCCAACGAGCCCGCGGACGCACCGCGCUGGUUCGACGCCAGCAUCCAGUUCGCCAUCGAUGGUGUGAGCUGGCCGCUGCGGCUGGCGUACGAUGUAUCGUUUGUAUGCGCGUGGCCGUGCAGCGAUGGUCCACACCCGCUGUUCUUCGACUACACGUACAUGGCGGUCAAGGCGGACGAGAUCACCGGCAUCCGGGACUGGGCCGGACUGUACGGGGGCAGCAGCAAAGCCGGCAGCAAGUCCGGGAAGUCUGCGUCUGAUCUACUGAGCGCUAGGUCCAGCCCGGCUGUGGGCUUGGGCCCGUCCAAGGCCAAGACACCGAUCCAUUCGGACCUCAAAAGCGAUGACGACGACGACGAGAAGGUGUUGGUCAUUGAGGCGUUUGGGGUUGCAGACAAUGAAGUCCUGGCCCGUGCCUGGUGCGCGCACUGGGGCUUGAGUGCGGUGGUCGCGGAUAUUGGCAAGACAUGGUGA